GGACGCCCUGGGCGCGAAGUGGCUAGAUAAUGUGAACUGGCGAAUAGGAAUUUCUGCCCAAAUUGGAGAUAUGGAUGAAGAUCGAUUAAUCGAAGAAGUCUUGGAUAAGUUUGUUAAUUGUCAUGAGCAAACAUAUGAAGAAUUUCUGAGCACUUUUACUCAUCUUUCAAAAGAGGAUCAUGUGACCAAAAGGGGAGUGUUUGGAACAACUUCCUCAGAAAAUGUAUUUAUCUCAGCAAAACUUGCUCAUAAAAAUGAAGCAGAUGACCACCAUCUCAGCAAUGAAACCAUAUUUCUUCAUACUUCAUCCCAAUGUUCAGAAGAACAGGUAGACAGUUUCCUUGAUUUAGAAGAUUUGGACAUGGAUGAAGAGAUUAAUCCUCAAAUGAGCAAGGAUUUGCUGCUGCUUCCAGGAGAAGUGGAGCCAAUUGUGAACACCAGUGCUCCUCCUUGCAUGCCUCCCAAGGCCCAGCUUCUCGCCCAUGAAGUGAAGCCAAAGCCCACCGUGAAAAGGAGUGACGGGCAGGAGGAAGAGAUACUUGGAGAUGAAGUUCAGCCCUUCUCACUUGAUGAAGAAUUUGAUUACGACAAUGUGACACUCACCCCCAAGUUUAGUCUUGCGGAGUUAGAGGCCAUCAAAGAGCUAUGCAAGCAAAAGAGGAAGAAUGCUAACAUGGAUUUAGAGGAACCCUGUGAGUGAUUCACCGAGGCGUUUUUUGUGCUUUUUAUCUGUUCUUAUUCAAGCAACACUGAAAUAAAGAUAAACCUACUAUACUUGUGGAAAUUCGCUUGUAUGCAUUUGUUCAUCAGUUAGCGAUAGUCAGGGAGGUGGAGCAACAAGCCUGAGGAGAUCACCGUCCUCACAGAACUCUCUCCUGUCCCGCUGUGGCUGCGUCCUGUGACCGGCUGUAGGUCGUGGAGUGGGACGUGGGGACAGGAAGCAGCACCUAUUAAAGAGCACUUUUUUUGGUUUUUGAAGUUUUGUGUGGAGGUGAGGUCUGGCUUUAUUGCCCAGGCUGGUCUCAAACUCCUGGGCUCCAACUGUCCUCCCACCUCGGCCUCCCAAAGUGCUGGGAUUACAGGUGUGAGCUGGGAGUGGCACUAGGUGAUGUGAGAUCUUGCACCAAAUACUGGGAACGAUCCCACCUCUUUUGAGGGCAAAGAACAUUUAGCUCUGCAGUGUGCAUAGUGAUGCUGAAAUACAUGCCAAACACAUAGAUCACUGGUCCCUGCUCAGCUACCCAGAGUUCAGUGUGUGUUGAGAGAUUAGGUUGCUGAGAUCGAUUGGGAAAGGCUUUAACUGAUAAAGAAGACAUCUGAGAAGGGAGUCAUAUGUUUAAUGCUUUUGUUUUGUUAUUUUACUGUUAAACCAUGUGUGAUAACAGUUACAAAGUACAAGGAAUGGUCUUUAUCUCCAGAAACUGGAAAUACCAUUUGAGAAGGUAAAACAAUCAGAGAAUGUAAAAACAUAUUGUGAAGUGCUAAUUAUAUAGAAUCCCCAUAAUUGUAUUAAGCCAAGAAAAAAUGGAGGGUGAAGGCAUAGAAAGGAGGGUGAUAAUGUGUGUGAAGUAAAUUUUUAUUAUUGAAGGAAUUGGUCACAAAUCAAAUGUACUAAGUCCUAACUGAUUUUGUUUUAUUUUUCCUUUUACAUAGACUUUCAUUUUUAGAGCAGUUUUAGGUUCUCGGAAAAAUUGGGGAAGAGAGCAUAGAGCCUUCAUAUAUGGCUUGCCCUCUCCCUGCACCCAUCAACAUCCUGUACCAGGGUAGUCCAUUUGUUUUUGUGUUGUUUUUUGCUAUCACGUUUCUUCUCUCUUUGUGGUAAGAAUGCUUAGCGUGAGUUCUACUCUCUUGAAUGUUGCUGUGCAUAGUACAGUGUUGUUAUCUCUGUGUCCAGUGCUGCACCGUAGAUCUCUAGGACGUGUCCAUGCAUAACUGGAACCUCAUAACCUCAAGAGCAGCUCUCCAUCUCCUGCAAUCACCAGUCGUUGACGUCCGCCAUGCUACUUUCUGCGAAUGACUGACUGUUGCAGAUGUCUCCUAUCAGCGGGCAUGUCCUAUUUGUCUUUCUGUCCUGGCUUCUUUCACUUAGCAUAAUGUGCUUCAGGUUUGUCCUCAUUGUCACAUGUGGCAGAGUUUCCGCCUUUUUUUUUUUUAAGGCUGUGUAGUCUUCCUUUUUUUAAUACAUGGCAUUUUCUGUAUCUGCCCGUCGGUGGACGUAUAGGUUGUUUCCUUAUCUUGGCUAUUGUGAAUAAUGCUGCAGGCCUCUGUGUGUAUGCAUGUGCUUGUGUUUGUAAGAGGAAUUGAAUGUGUAUGUGUAUUCAUGAAAUUCCAUUUAUAUUCUUUAGAAAAGAAUGGUCUUGAUUUCAAGUUGCACUAGGGUCAAGUAAUCUCCACAUUUAUUUUUCAUUUCUUCCACGAACUUUCACAAAGCACCAUUUGUGUGUUAAGCUACACAGUGGGGCACACAACUAAAUCAGGCACGGUCCAACUUAGUUGGGAGGAGAUGAGUGCACAAAUAAUGGCAGCAGAGCCGCACUGUCCAGUGUAAUAGCCGCUCACUGCUUUCCAGUAUGCUAGAGCACUUGAAAUAUAGUACGACUGAGGAACUGAUUUUGAAAUGUUAUUUAAUUUCUAUUUCACUUUAAAAUAAAAAAACUGAUACUUGAUUCAGUUAUUAGAAAAAUGUCAAGCACAUAUAGAGUAAUUUGUGUUUGUGAACCUACUUUUUCAAUGGUAAUAUUUAUAAAUCUGAAUGUGUACCAGUUAUUUUUGAUAACAACCUAAUGUCUGAAUUUGAAAUAUGCUGUAGAUGUAAAACAUACUUAAAAUUUUAUAAGAAUUAAUAUAAAAACUGAAUAUCUUGUGUGUUUUUGGUAUUAUUAUAUGUGGCAAUGAUACUAUUUUGGAUUUACCUGGUUAAAUAAAACAUAUUAUUAAAAUCUA